CUUUGUCGCACGGUAGGUUAGUUUCCAAAAGUUUCAGAGAGAAUGGACUGCUGCACUCUCCAAACCUGACCAUGGUCUUGACAAGUUGUUUUUCCUGUUGGAUAUUCGGAGUGGAAAUUUUCCCGGCGUAACCGCCCCUCUUUCUACAGAAUCUCUGAUAAGAGACCUUUACAAAUUGUGAGGAGCCAGUCGUGAGAGGGCAACCCCCCUGGAUAGCGGUAACGCAAGACCCAAAAUUUACCCAGCGACUCAGCUAGAGAUUCAUAAUGACUACCGGCGUAGAGAGAUUAUUCGACGAGCUUGGACACUUCAAACGGUAUCAAGCAUGUCUGUAUUUCGCAGCCGUAUUCCAAGCCAUAUCAUGCGGGAUUCACUAUCUCGCCUCUGUGUUUUUGGUCGAGACGCCAAAGUUCCUCUGUGGCGUGGAGAACAUCACCGAUGUUCUGUUCGUCAACCACACGGCAGGAUCGCUUCAGGACAUCUGGCCCUCUUACUCUCCCGGUAAAGGGCCCGUGGUCGUCCAAACGACCGCCGGACAGCAAUGGGAGCUGAGCCAGUGCCAACGCGCGCUCCGGUUGGACGCAGGAGACGAGCUUCGAUACGUUUUCAAUGGUUCAAAGAAAGUGGAGACGUGCCCCGGUGGAUUCGUUUACGACUUGAGCGAGGUGCAUCAGAGCAUCGUGACCGACUGGGACCUGGUGUGUGAGGGCGAGUGGCUCGCCAAACUCGCGCAACCCACCUUCAUGUUAGGCGUCCUUAUUGGCGCGCUCGUCUUCGGAGACAUUGCGGACAGGGUUGGGAGGAAGCCUAUCCUGAUGGCGACCAGCAUUUGCCAGUUUCUGUUUGGAGUGGUGGUGGCCUUCACAGGAAACUACUACUUCUUUGUGGUGGUGCGAUUCCUGCUUGCCAUGGUGUCCAGUGGCUACCUGGUGGUGGUGUUUGUGUACGUGACGGAGUUCACGGGCAGCAAGGUGCGCACCUGGACGUCGCUGCACGUGCACGCGGCCUUCGCGGUGGGCAUCAUGGUGGUGGCGCUGGUGGGCUACCUGGUGCGCGUGUGGUGGAUCUACCAGAUCAUCCUGACGCUCAGCACCUCGCCCUUCCUCCUCUUCUGCUGGAGUUUCCCCGAGACGCCCUUCUACCUGAUGGCCAAGGGCCGGCACCAGGAGGCCCAGCAGCUGCUGGACAACAUCGCCCGCUUCAACGGCCUGCCCGCAACGCUAAAGGUCUCUGACCUGCUGGAGUCAAACACCAGCGAGGGAGCCGCGCUCGACGAGAAGGCAGCUGAGGCCUCUGCCCCCACUGGCCAGUCCGGCGUCUCAGAGCACAAGAUCAGCAUCCUGGACCUGUUCAGCAGCUGCAGGAUGACCAUCCGCACGGUCAUCUGCUGGGCCAUCUGGUUUAUCGGUAGCCUGGGCUACUAUGUCUUCAGCCUGGGGUCAGUCAACCUCGGGGGCAACCAGUAUGUCAACCUCUUCCUCGUUGGUCUGGUGGAGAUUCCCUCUUAUCUGAUUGGCUGUUAUGCGAUGGAUCGAGUGGGCAGGAAGAAGACUUGUGCUCCAGCACUGCUGCUCAGCGGAGUGGCCUGCAUGCUCGUCAUCGUCGUGCCAAAUGACAUUCCAGUGUUAGCUGUUAUUCUGAACAUGACGGGCAAGUUUGCUGUGGCCAUUGCCUUCGGUCUCAUCUACCUGUACACCUGUGAGCUCUACCCCACUGUCAUCAGAACGCUGGCAGUGGGCAGUGGCAGCAUGAUGUGCAGGGUGGGCAGUGUCGUCGCUCCUUUCUGUGUGUACCUGGCCGACUUCUGGAUAUACAUGCCACAGCUCAUCGUGGGAGUCCUGGCCUUCUUUAUCGGCGUGCUCACCAUGUUCCUGCCGGAGACGCUGGGCGAGCCGCUGACCUCCACGCUGGAGGAGGCCGAGGCCCUGGGCAAGAAGCCCAGCAAGGGGGCCUCCAAGGUGGGCAGCCCUGCCAGCAGCGAGUGCGUGGAGCUUAAUCCGUCCAACUGCAAGGCCUGAACUGCAGGGAUGAAUCAAGAGGGAGAAACUGUGUGUGUGUGUGUGUGAGAGAGAGGGAAAGAGUGUGUCAGACACAUAAUAAAUCUCACACUCACACACACACACACACACACACACACACACACACGCACACACACACCAAACACUAAAUGAAAAACAAUACCUAAGUGCUGAGCUUACAAAUGUCCCAAAGCGCAUUUGCAGUGUUGCUUUAAUUCAGGAAUCUGAACGUAGAUCGAGCCGCCAUAAGUAGAUGUGCGGGAGUAUAUGUAUAUAUUUACUUAAAUGCUGUUUCAUGCUGUCCUAGUGCAUUCAUUGUAUUAUGAAGGAGAUGUGCGUUUGUGUGUGUGUGUUUAGAAAACAUGUAGUACUUUGAUCCAUUGUGGUGGUGUGUGUGUGUAUGUGGACAUGGAGAUGCUGAGAUGAGAAUGCAUGGAAGUGUGUUGUGUUUUGUUGUUUUAAAGUAGCGUGAAAUGUUCUCGUCCCGUGCAGGGAGUACACACAGCAAGCGGUGUCUGUGUGUAUCUAUUCUACAUGAACUUGUCUUCAGGGAGACCUCAAAAAAGCAUGUCUUUUGUUUUUGUGUGUGUUUUUUAUAUAUACAGUAUAUAAGUGGGUAUGUGUAGAGGAGUAUAUCAAGUGGGUGUUGUGUUUGUUUGUCUCUCUGUGUGUGUGUGUGUGUGUGUGUGUGUGUGUGUGUGUGUGUGUGUGUGUGUGUGUGUGUGUGUGUGUGUGUGUGUGUGUGUGUGUGUGUGUGUGUGUGUGUGUGUGUGUGUGUGUGUGUGUGUGUUUGUUUUUCUGUGUGUGUGUGUGUGUGUGUUGUGUUUGUUUUUCUGCGUGUGUGUGUGUGUGUGUGUAAGUGAGUGAGUGAACUGGGACCCUCCAGUGUUAUUUUAGUUUCUUUUAUUUUGCUCUAAUUCUUUGCCUGCAUGCAGAUGAAAUUGAGAUAAGCUACAUUGCAAUUCUAAAACAGAAAGUUCACACAUGAACUUUCCUACGUGGCUAUCAGGUGCUACAAUACAGUAAACAGAACAUACAGAACCCCAAUUAUAUACAGUAGACUGUGAUGUCAUAUCGUAUAGAUUGUGAUGUGAUUUAAUAUGGAUUGUGAUGUCAUAUGAUAUGGAUUGCGAUGUGAUUUCAGAUGGACUGUGAUGUCAUAUGAUAUAGAUUGUGAUGUGAAUUCAUAUGGACUGUGACAUCAUAUCAUAUAGACUGUAAUAUGAUCUCAUAUAGACUGUGAUAUGAUAUUCUAACGACUGUCAUUGAAUGUAUCUAAUAUACUAUAACAUGAGAAUGUUUUGGACCAAAACUAUGAACAGCUGACAGACACAUGCUUCAACAGAGGUGUGAGGGCAUGCGUUGGGUAUUGAAGAUAUCUUUGUGACUCAUCCAACUGAAAUUUCACAAACAAAUAUAUAUUUUCAGUAUACACUUGAUACAAAGACUAUUCCAAACAUUCAGGUCAUCUUUGCUGCUCGUGCAAGCCUCUUUUAUCCAUGUCAGCGGGGUGGUGUAAUCAUGCUAUUGUCCAAAAACAGAAAUUGUGACAUUCAGACACACACACAUACUGUACACACACACACACACACACACACACACAGACAGACAUACACACACAUGGACUUGCACACAGUCACACAUGCAUACACAUUCACAAAGACAAUCAAAACACAUAUAGAUACAAACAAUCGUGAGGCUUUCAGGUGAACUGUUUUUGCUACAGUUGUCUUAUUUAAUUGAUUGAUCUGGACAAUGUGUUUUUUGUAUUGAAGGAAUGUUUUUUAUGCAAUAAUUAAUUUUCAAGAAUAAAGAGAAUUACGUA